AUGCCACCACAGCAACGCAAACUCCAAGUCGCCAUCUCAGGCCUGGGACGCAUGGGCGCCCGCCACGCCCUAAACUUCCACGAACGCACUCCACGCGCAGAGCUCAUUGCAGCGUUCACUCCUGAACCCAAGGAAGCAGCAUGGGCAGCUAUUCACCUCCCCGGCGUGGUUGUUUACUCCGACUACGACGAGAUGCUCAAACACCCAGGUCUCGAAGCUGUAGUCGUAGCUACAGUGACUACUGCCCACGCACCCCAAGCCAUUGCAGCCAUCAACGCAGGCAAACACGUCCUCUGCGAAAAACCCCUCAGCACUUCCGUCGAAAUCUCUCAAAGCGUUGUUGAUGCAGCAAACAAACGGCCAGACCUAAAGGUGCUCUGUGGCUUCUCCCGUCGUUUCGAUGCUUCCUACCGCGAUGCCUUUAACCGUAUGGACAAUGCCGCCAUCGGUCGUCCCUCGAUCUUCCGCUCCCAAACCUGCGAUAAACUCGAUCCGUCAGGAUUCUUCGUCGAUUACGCUCAAUUCUCUGGCGGUAUCUUCGUCGACUGCAAUAUCCACGAUAUCGAUUUGGCACUGUGGUUCUUCGGGCAAGAUACACUGGUGAAAAGUGUGUAUGCGGUAGGAGUCACGGCAGUCCAGCCAGGGCUCAAGAAAUGGAAAGAUGUAGACAAUGGCGUGGGCGUUGUGGAGUUUUAUGGAAACAAAAUCGCAUACCUAUACUCUUCGAGAAUGAUGGCGGCAGGUCAACACGAUAUGACGGAGAUUAUCGGCACAGAGGGGAAACUGACAGUCAACGCAAACCCCAGCGGUACAUUGGUGGAAAUGUCCGAGCCGACAGGAAUCAGAAGAGAGAUUCCUGGAGAUUACUACGGAAGGUUCUACGAGGCGUUUGUGAGGGAGGCUAAUGAGUUUACCGCGGCUUGUUUGGAUGAUACCAAGUUGCCUUUCAAGUUGAGCGGUGCGGUUCAGGCUGUCAAGAUUGGUUGUGCUUUGCAAGAGUCGCUCAACAGUGGAAAGAAGAUUGAGUUUGAUGAGACUGGUCGCAGGAUUGAAAAGGCUUCUUUGUAG